UACACAAAACUACACGCACUGGCCUGACCAAGGGGAAAAAACACAGUUUCAGGUUUGAGACGGCAGCAGUCUCUGUUGGGACAGUGUUGAAGUUCUCUGAGGUUUUGAGACAGUGAAGUUCCCAAAAGCCGCAUGUAACAUCCUUGUUUCAUCUGUUUCUUUUAACUCCCUUUUCUCCUGGACUGAACUUUCAUCCAGGAGAUGAAUUUAAGUUUACCAUUUCCUAAUUCAUAUGUCUAAAACCCUUCUCUCCCGCAUUAAACCCCUCCACCACAACCCAAAACCCAAACCCCCUUCCCCUUCCAACUUCCCAUUAACACGCCACAUCAAAGAACUCAUUCACGAACUCUGUGAAAUCCUACAAACCCAAGACAAAUGGGAACACACUGUCGAAACCCGUCUUUCCCAAGAAGAAAUUGUUCCUUCCGACAUUGCCCACCAUGUGCUCGAUAAACUUAAGGAUCCUCAUGUGGGUCUUCAGUUCUUUGAUUGGGUCUCUCAAAGACCUUAUGGGUGUCCUCUUGAUCGUUUUGCUUGUUCUUCUCUUUUGAAACUCUUAGCUAAGUUUAGAGUUUUCCCUGAAAUUGAAACUUUGUUGUCUAACUUGACUACUUGUGAAGAUAAAGUUCCAACCCUUGGGGCGUUGGAUGCUGUAAUUAAAGCUUAUUCUGAUUCUAAUUUGGUUGAUAAAGCUGUUGAGUUGUAUUAUUUUGUGUUGAAAACUUAUGAUUUGGUUCCACAUGUAGUUACUGUUAAUUCUUUGCUUCAUGGUCUUGUAAAACAUGGUAAGGUUAAAGAUGCUAGGCGAAUGUAUGAUGAGCUCGUUGAGAGAAGUAGCAGCGGUGUUGAGAAUAAAUUUUUGGAUAAUUUUAGCACUUGUAUUGUUGUCACAGGGUUGAGUAAAGAGGGGAAGGUUGAAGAAGGUAGGAAAUUGAUUGAGGAUAGGUGGGGUAAAGGUUGUAUACCAAAUGUUGUUUUUUACAAUACAUUGAUUGAUGGUUACUGCAAGAAGGGUGACAUUAAAAGUGCGUAUGGGCUUUUCAAUGAGUUGAAAUUGAAGAGCUUUUUACCCACAGUGGAGACUUAUGGGGCAUUGGUAAAUGGGUUCUGUAAACAUGGGAACUUUGAGAAAGUUGAUAUGCUUGUGGAGGAGAUGGUUGCGAGGGGUGUGAUUGUAAAUGCCCGAGUGUAUAACACUAUCAUCGAUGCCAAGGGUAGGCAUGGUUUUUCGGCGGAAGCAAAUGACACUCUAAGAAAAAUGGUUGAAGCUGGCAGUAAGCCAGAUAUCGUGACAUAUAACACAUUGAUCUCAUAUUCGUGCAAGGACGAGAAAAUUCACGAAGCUGAAAAGUUUCUAGGGCAGGUUAAGAAUAUGGGGUUGGUGCCGACCAAGUUUAGUUAUACUCCUAUGAUACAUGCCUACUGCAAAUCUGGUGAUUUUGAAAAGGCGUUAAAUUUGCUUGCUGAGAUGACAGAGUAUGGUGAUAAGCCUGAUGUAUCAACUUAUGGAGCUCUUGUCCAUGGAUUGGUAGUCUCUGGUGAAGUUGAUGUUGCGUUAGUCAUUCGAGACAAGAUGAUUGAAAGGGGGAUAUUACCUGAUGCUGGCAUUUAUAAUGUUUUGAUGAAUGGGCUCUGCAAAAAAUUGAAGCUUUCUGUUGCCAGGCAGCUCCUUGAUGAGAUGCUUGGCCGUGGAAUAUUACCUGACGCUUAUGUUUAUGCCACUUUAGUAGAUGGAUGUGUUAGAAAUGGGGAAUUUCAGGAAGCGAAAAAGCUAUUUGAGCAGACAUUUGAGAUGGGUAUGGAUCUGGGGCUUGUAGGUUAUAAUGCUAUGAUCAAGGGAUACUGUAAGUUUGGACUGAUGAAAGACGCAGUUGCUUGCAUCAGUAGAAUGAAAAAGUCAAAAAUAUCUCCGGAUGCUUUUACUUAUUCAACAAUAAUUGAUGGGUAUGUAAAGCAGUGUGAUCUGCGUCGAGCAUUAACGAUACUCCCUCACAUGGUAAAGUGCAACUGCAUGCCAAAUGUUGUAACGUACAGCUCUCUAAUUUAUGGCUUUUGUCAGGAUGGAGAUCUUGUAAGAGCUGAAAGUUUAUUCAACGGAAUGCAAUCAAAUGGUAUGAUGCCUAAUUUGAUAACUUAUAGUAUACUAAUUGGCGGCUUUUGUAAAUUGGGGAAACUUGCAAAAGCAGCUUUUAUUUUUGAACAAAUGCUCAAGCACAAGUGCUAUCCAACUGAUGUCACGUUCAAUUAUUUGGUUUACGGGUUUUCCCAUUGCACGCCUACUAUUUUCUCAAAGGAGAAAAAUGAUCCUCUGGAUAAGAAGAACUCUAUUUUCAUGGAAACUUUAAAAAGAAUGAUAUCAGAUGGUUGGCACCCGAGAAAUGCUGCAUACAAUUCCAUUAUUAUCUGCCUCUGUUUACAUAAAAUGCUCAAAACGGCAUUGCAACUACGUCAGAAGAUGAUUAAUAAAGGCUACACUACAGAUUCAGUUACUUUUGCUGCCUUACUGCAUGGAAUUUGUUUGGAUGGAAAAUCCAAGGAAUGGAAAAGUAUUAUUUCCUGCAACUUAAGUGCGACAGAGCUGUCUGUCGCUUUAAAGUAUUCUUUGAUAAUUGACCAGUACCUGAGUCAUGGAUUCGACUCGGAGGCUUCAGUGAUUUUGCAUGCCUUGGUUAAAGACUAAUCAAGAUGAAACUGAUAUUAAGUUUUUGGUUAGUUGCUGUUUUCUUGAGAGCGUACUAUUAGGGGAGUACUCAGGAUUUUUCACAAGAUGGAUGGAGCUCUCUGAUUGGCUGCAGUUCUGCAACAGCAUAUCUAGGUGUUUUCUCUUUUGGUGGCAGUGCAACUAAAAUCAGGGUGGGCAUAGGCAGUGCAACUAAAAUCAGGGUGGGCAUACUUGCCUUUUUCCUGCCAUGACUUUUUGACCACAUAGCAAGAAAUAUAAAAAUGUCGUUGAUUGCAAUUUUUCUGGUUUCAUGCAGGAGCAAGCUCUCUUUGGAGGAAGGGUCAUCCCUGUAAGAGGACAUGAUUAAAGGAUUCUAUUUUCUCGAGGUGCAUUGGCUUUGAGCUUGGAAAUUGGGCCCAUAUCCGUCUUUGGCUUGAUGCAUGGUGCAGGGAUUUAGCACUGAAAGAAGAAUUUCCAACCUGAUCUUGACCAUAAGUUAUAAAGAGGCCAAGGUAGGCGAGUGGUUAAGGAGGUAUGGAGCUCAGGCAUUAUUAGAUCUUUCCUUCAGGAGACCCAUCCAAGACUCGGAGUGGAAUGAGAUGGGCAAUAUGCUUCAGGUGCAAUUCAGAUAGGAGAGAUUUGGGCAGGCUGAACCUCAAAAAUAUUUUUGUUGAAAUUGUAUUACAAUCUCUCUAAGAGAGGUGACUUCAGGCCCAAAUGGAAGCUGGUAUUUUCUAUGGAAGACCAAGGCAGCAAAACAAUAAGUUUUACGCCUUGUUAUUAAUUGGCGGUGUUUGUGCAAAGGAUCAGAGCGGAUUUUGAUCACUUGUUUGUUGUUACCACAUUAGCAAUUUCACUGAGGCGUUAGUAUACUCGAUGUUUGAAGAGUUUGCGACUUAACUAGGACAGUGUUGGAUGUUAUGGCAAGUUGGAGAAUGAGAUCGCUGGAUGCGUGAAAGGUAUCUGUUGAGACGGCUCAUUUUUGUGCAUUUUUUCGUUGAUUUUGAGAGAGAAAAAGUAAAACUUUUGAGGGAGUUGAAAGUAAGCACUCUUCUGUUUGGUUAUACUUUUCAGCACAAAAGGAUAUCUCAUAUUGUAAAAAUGAUUAAAUUUUUUGGA